UUUAAUCAGUUCAUUUUUUUAAUGUCAACAUACCAAGUGUUUGUCUGUUUGCCUUUUUUCAGUUCCCAUUUGAAAACGGAAAUCAUGCUAGCAGUUGGCAUUAUUAAGUUCAAAUAGUUCUAGUCUUUGUUUUCAUUCUGAUCCUUUUAUUUAUUUAUUUUUUAUAGCAGCUGGGACUUUUAUGCAAAUGUUUCAUGGUUACCGAAGCGUAAAUCCUGUCAGAACAAAUAGACAGAUCAUUUUGUUACAAGUUGUUUCUCUUCGCCGUGUAUUCAUCCAAGAUCUUACAUCAUCACGAUGGCCACAGUCUACAGCAUUUUUAUCAUUGGCUGCGUAGCAGUGGUCUCCAUCGGGGUGAAGGUAUCCUUGGAGGUGGACAGGCCUUGGCUGAGGGUCCACUUGUCCCAUCAGGCCGUGCUGGAGUGCUGUUACCGGACCGGCACAGCCUCCCUCCCAACCAUAUGGCUCGUGCACCGCCAGCCCGACAAUGGUACUGCCGUCCCGCUGUUGGUGCCUGCGUCAGACCGAGUGAGGUCGGGCUUCAGAACGUACGCCGGGGUCACCUGCGGGACCCUGACCAUUGGUGAGGUGAAAGUGGCCGACACGGGCCUGUACAGAUGUUGGUUCAACGACACCACCAUCAUCACGCCAGGCACCUACCUGCAGGUUUACAAGCCGCUGAAGAAGACGAUAAACCUCAGCGAAAAGACCAAAGACAGCAUCCUGAUGGCCGAGGGAAUCUUACUACUUCUGUGCGUCCUGGUGCCUUCGGCCACACUCCUCUGCAAAUCAAAGCAACUCCAAGCACUGAAGCAAAAGAAGGCAAAGAGGGAAGAGGAGAACAUCUAUCAGGGCCUCAAUCUGGAUGAUUGUGACAAGGCAGCGAGCCUCUACCAGGAUCUGGUUGCCAAUGUGCAUGAAGAAAUCCAGCUGGAGAGCCCAUGAGUGGAACAGAAGAAAUGAAAUUAGAGGGGAGGCGGAGAGGGACAGAAAUUGGAGUCCUUGUUUAUUAAACUGCAUGUGAUGUUUGCAUAGCCAAUGGAUUUGUAAUGGCAAGCAUAGCUUUUUGUAUCCAACAAUUUAGUGUCCCCAUCUCUAGUUUAUGAUUUGUACUUCAUGAGCAUUUGAGUUUUUUUAUUUUUUUUUAUUUUUAGGAUUUUUGUGGCAGUUCUGCUGAGGGUUUGGAUGUCUUUUUAGAAUAGCACACCGGGCUGUAAAUGCCUGUAUAGGUUGCCGGUCCCUGCUUGAGACCACCCUUUGUAUUAUGAAAUUUCUUAUGUUCAUGAUUUUCUAAAUAAAAUGUCGAAAGGUCUCUUUGUUGUAUUUGUUUUAAUUCAUU